GUUGUGUCCUUUUGUAAGCGGCCUGCGUUCAGGACUGGCUGCGCUAAACAAAGAUGGCGGCGUGUGUGUUACGGAGCUGGGGGAUACUGUCUACUGUUAAUAAGUUUAGUAAAAAGCACACACUGCGGGUACUCGGUGUGGAACUCAACAGCAGACACGAAGUGAACAGACGCCGCUUGCAGUGUUCAACAUGUGGUAUCCUGAAUGUACAACAAAAACGGUUCAUGUCGUCCCGUAACAGGGCAGAAGGGAAGGUGCUAGAGACAGUGGGAGUGUUUGAAGCACCAAAGCAGCAUGGCAAAUAUGAAACAGGGCAGUUGUUCCUGCACAGCGUGUUUGGCUACAGAGGCAUUGUCUUGUUCCCCUGGCAUGCUCGACUUUACGACCGUGACGUCACCCCUCCAGCAUCUGACAGUAAGCCAGAGACUCCAGGAGCACAUGGGUCAAAGGAGGUGAAGGGAAAAACACACACAUACUAUCAAGUCCUCAUUGACACCAGAGACUGUCCACACAUAUCACAGAGAUCACAGACAGAAGCCGUCACAUUUCUAGCCAAUCAUGACGACAGCAGGGCUCUGUAUGCUAUUCCAGGUCUAGACUAUGUGAGCCAUGAGGAUAUUCUGCCAUAUAAUUCUACAGAUCAGGUGCCCAUUCAACACGAGCUGUUUGAGAGGUUCCUCAUGUUCAACCCAUCUAAAGUGCCUCCAUUUGUAGCGAGAGACACACUGCGUGCGUGGCAGGAGAAGAACCAUCCAUGGCUGGAGUUGUCCGAUGUCCACAGAGAGACUACAGAGAAUAUCCGAGUGACCGUCAUCCCUUUCUACAUGGGCAUGAGGGAAGCACAGAGUUCACAUGUUUACUGGUGGCGCUACUGCAUCCGUCUGGAGAACAUGGGCAACGAGGUGGUGCAGCUGAGAGAACGACACUGGAGGAUCUUCAGCCUGUCAGGAACACUGGAGACGGUCAGAGGCCGGGGAGUGGUGGGCCGGGAGCCUGUAUUGUCUAAAGAGCAGCCAGCGUUCCAGUACAGCAGUCACGUCUCACUACAGGCCCCCAGUGGACACAUGUGGGGCUCCUACCGGUUCGAGAGGCCCAACGGCACAUUCUUCGAUGUGCGCAUCCCUCCCUUCUCUCUCGAAAGCAAGAAGGACGAUAUGCCCAACGGCUUCCUGCCUGGCCCAUUCUCCUCACUGGCUUAAGAGCACAGAGACCAGAGCAUUGCCCUGGUGUGCUCGUCCCAACCCCUGCCAAGCUCGGCCUGUCCUCCUGUCCUGCAUCUUCAACAACAUGUCCCUGUCCCACUGUUUAACUGUGCAGUAACUUCAGCUCUAUUUUGCCCCAUGCGCACUAAUCCAUGCAUUAAUAAUAAUAACAAUAAUAAUAAUAAUAAUAACAGUGAUACUAUAUUAAAUGCUCUGCUUUUUGUUUUUCCUUAAUCUUUCUAGUUUGAAUAACAUGUUUUAACUUAAGAAAAAAGUGUAGCGACGUUACUAAACUUCAGUUUAACUUCUAAAGAUUUGCACAUCGCGCCCAUGAUGUGAGAAUGAGCUAGAAACAAAUCUGCAAAUCUUAAAAAGCCUUUACAAAUAUGAGAGAACACUGCUUUUAAAAAAACACUCAAAAUACAUACAAGCUCUUAUUUUAUUGGUUAUUUAUAUCAGUCUUUUUAGCAGUUGAAUUUGAGCAGUGCUGAAGAUUAGGGUGCUACAGCGCUCUCAGCCCUCGCACUUCCCACCUCGCUGUAGCUUUCGUACGUGUAUGUGCAAGAAGCAAAAUGGGACGGAUAAAGUUUCUAAAAUAACACUAAACACCAUUCAUACCAUUAGCAUAUUUUCCCUGUAAUUAAGUGAUGCUUAUCAGACUUCUUUUUCAGCUUCCUCCCAUGAUGUUCAGCAGCUAACGUGGAUUUCCUCGCUUGCAAGUCACCAAAUAAAGCAUGCAUUGUUAUAUCCAGAAUUGGAAAUCUACCUUUUCAAAUUUACUUGCAUCCCUAAGUUAUAUAAGUUAUAUCAAUGAUCAGCUUUCAACAUACUUGAUGUAUUUUUUUUUGCUUUAAGAGAGCUGAAUCUAGAUCUGAUCUCAUGUUCUAGGCUUGACUAGAUUUGAACGUCACCUAAAACAACUAAAAAAGUUUACACUAAUUGGGCCCCAUUAUGUCUCGUGUCACUAUUUUCGUUAAAGCUUUUCUGUACAAUCCAUCAGAGGGUCUGCUUUUAAUCUCUAGCACAGUCUGUCUGUCUGUCUCUCUCUCUGUCUCUCGCUCGCUCGCUCGCUUGCUCCCCCCCGUACUUGACUUAACAAACCUCUCAGCAAACAAACGAACCUCCUUUUAAUUUAUCUUAAUACAGUUUUACUGUCUCGUCCUCAACCCUCACUCUCUCUGUUCAUUUAUCUUUAGCUGUAUUUAACGUCAUGCUGUGAAACUAAUUUGGAGUUAUAUUUGUGGUAUAUACACUAUUAUGAGAAAAACAGUUUAAUCAGUAACCAUGCGUUUCAUUCACCCAUUAACAACCCAUUAACUAAGAGUCACUUAAUACACUCAGGUUUGGGGAAAUGUUAUUUUAUAAUGUAUAAAUGACAAAAAAACUACAUUUUCCAGGUAUAUGCUAGAUAAUAGAAUUAGUUGUGUGGCACAUCGGAUAUCAGUGUGACUGAAUUCUAGCCAACAAAAAAGAGAGAAAAAACAAUCAGGUUUUAGCUGAAAUUGUGUUUUUCUGCCUAUAACACGCUUGAACAUCACUACUUCAAGAAACCAGAAAUAUAUUUCGUGCUUUGAUCAAGUUGUUGUAUAGCUGCAUUUUAUAGUGAAAUGAACAUAAUAUUCAUCAACACAGAUCAAAUUUACAUGUAUAUGGAUAUUUUUGAAAACACAGGGCUUCAUUUAUCAAUCUUUUAGUUUGCGUGUUGCGCGUAAAUGUUUGCAUAAAACCAAACAAAAAAAUUUCGCUUAAUUUUUUAAGUACCUAAUUUUCGUAAAUGCUGAUUUUCCUCUUUCUUGCGUGUAAUGUUUGUGAUGUUGAUGAAUCCGAAUCAUCUAUAAAUGACCAAACGUGAAUGGCACAGCUCAUUGGCAUGUAGUGACGUCGACAUAACAUCACUAUCAUAAAAAAGGUUCAAGUGCACAGACAGCUGGCAGCACAAAACGACUGAUCAAGGUAAAGCCUGAAAAACAGAAGUGGAAAUAAUUUUGACUCACUACUAUGCCAAUAAAAAUAUUUAAUAAUAUAUAAUAUGAAUAAUAGAAAGCCAACGCUAAAUUUUCCGCUAGCCGAGGCAUUAGUUUACGGCUUAUGGCUAUGCGCAUACAGACCGGCCCGUCCUCCAUUUAUACAGUGUCUUCAGUUAUACUUCUUCAAUCAUAAUUGAAUGAUUAGUUUUAUUUGUCUUGGUUUAUUUCUUUUUCUUUAGUUAGUGCCAGUAAUAUAAAAUGACUGGUUUUCACAAAACAUUCACAAUGGUACUCUUAGUCCCAGACCUAGUGAACUAGUGUGAGGACGUGUUGUUGAUGGAAAAUUGAUAAAUUUAUACACACUUAGGAGCAGGAGUGAAAUACAAACGCUUUUCCGAAUUUACAGGAGUUUUGUUACUACCAAAUUUCGGAAGCGUGUAAACGCUUGUACGAAUGAUUUAUACGUAAGUCCGUUCAUAUCCAGCUUGAUAAAUGAGGCCCGUAGUUUUUACCCUAUUGUUUAAAAAAAAUAAAUAAAUAAAAAAAAUUCCGUCCACAUGAAGAGUUUUCAAAAAUAACUUCAUUCACAUGAGCAUGCCAGCCCAUGUAUGUCAUAAACUUGUCAUGUUAAGAGCAUGUGUAUUGAGAGGUUAAGAGGCAAAAUGCAGUUCUAAAAUGAAAAAGUGUAACAGUAAAACGAAAUGAAAAUUAAAUUGCUAUUUCUUAUCAAAUAAGAAAUAACAGAACAGAUCAAGAGUCCUAGCAGGUCCAUGUCACUGGGCAUGCCCAGAUUGACACUGUGAUAUCAGCAUUUACAGAAACAUUUCCGUCUACACGAAAACUGUGAAAACAGCUUGAAAAUUUCUCCAUUUUGGAGGCCGUUUUUUCAAAAAACUUUUUUUUUUUUUUCCCCAGCGACCCAAAAUGUCAUGUUUGUGUGGAUGGAAAGCCAAAACUUCAAAGAAUAAUGUGAAAAAAUGAUCAUACAAUCAAAUGAUUUUAUAAUCAGCUACUGCGAUUUUCUCACUUGUUCUCUCAGGCUGCCACACGUUUAUCAAAUUAGCACUGUGUUAUUUAUUCACCCCCAUUUUUUUUAAACAUUGAGAAUGUAAAUACCACUGUAAAUAAUUGUAUUAAUGUAAACACAAUUUUUUUUUUUUUAAACAGUACAUGAGUAUGUCAGUUGACAUGUAACCAAAUCGUCUCACACAAGCAAUAGGAAGCACAAUGAUGAACAUUUUUCUUCUUGUGAACAGUUGCUGUUUUAUCUUUAUGAAGUUAACUUCAGUUAGUAUAUGCUGCUUCUCUACUACUACAGCUACAUAUAUGCUGUGAAACGACUGUGAGGCCUACACACCGGUUAUAUGGCUGAUAAUUCCGUCUUUUUGAGGAACUGAAUCAUCACAUUGCUUUUGUAUACAAAUGAGAAUGGGUACAAUUUACUACACGGAUCCUUCUUUGUGGUUCCUUUUGUGAAGCUUGUUAUGUGUUGUUUGAUUUUGCGUUAACGUUUGGCUAAGCUUUAUGGAAAUAUGUUAAUGUCAAAAGUAAUUACACGUAAAUGCAACGAUGACAUUUUAACUGUAGAAAUUGUGAAUCUAUAUUUAUAUUUGUAAACCUGGCCUUGCCAUUGUAACCUACGUUUCUACGUGGCAUAAUUACAGAUAUGCAGUGGUUCGGGUGAUUACGAGUCACAGUUGUUGUGCAUUUUUAAACAACUCAUUGUUAUGUUUUGAGGAGUGUAAUCCAAGCAAAUGUAUCCACAGAGCUCAGGGGCGUGGCCAGUGGAUGUUGACAGAGCUUAGGGGGUGGGGCUAAAACAAAAUGUUACUACAGACUGUCGAAACUCAGCAAGUAAAGUGGAAAGCUGCAAAUGAAAUGAGAUGUAAUUUCAGUCUAAAUGUGCAAAUGAUGACUUGCAAAUGUUUACAGUUUAUGAAAUCAACUGUAGAUUGGUGCUUGGUCAAAUUUUAGCUUUGAAUUGAUGUACAAUUACUUUUGAAAGGAAAGUUGGUUUAGUUUCACUACUAAAGUGGACUGUGGAAGGUGGAGUCACCAGCUUUGAACUCGAAAUGCUGUUUGAAGACUGCUGAAUGUAACUUCGUUGUUUUGAAAAUAAUAAAAAGGGGAAAUUGUUUUGAAAA